ACCUUACGGUCACCCUGGUCAUCAGGCAUGUCUGGCGGACUGGUACGGUGUUACUGUUAGUACGUGCAUGGAGCAAGGAAAAGGCAGGUGUAGAAAAAAAAAACAUUUGCCUUCUUUUUUGCAUCGUGCGACCAUGGCGGCCGAGAGAUUGGAGGUUCUUCGCCGACAGUUAGGGACUUCGAAUAAAGCACAGCAGCCAUUGACAGAACUUACAAGGAAUGAGACCAGUGCAGUCUCAGUCAUCAGCCCACCUGGUACUCAGUAUGUCAUACCCAAUCCAUUACUGACACCAGAACAAGUGGCUUCCUAUGAGAAGGAUGGCUUCCUAGUCAUCAGGAACCUGGUACCUCAUGACAAGAUUGAUCAGUACAGGCAACGUUUUGCAGACAUCUGUAGUCGACAAGUAGACUCGCGAGGGAUGGUGGUUAUGCAGGAUGUUGCCAUUGUCAAGUCAGAGUUCAAGGAAGGAGAGCAAGCCGUCACUAAGAUCCAAGAGUACCAGAAUGAUCCUGUGCUAUUUGAGUACUGUCGCUUGCCAGAGAUCUUGAAGUAUGUCGAGUGUUUCACUGGGCGUAACAUCAAAGCGAUGCAUACUAUGCUGAUCAACAAGCCACCAGAUCCUGGAACCAAGUCCUCCCGUCAUCCCAUGCACCAGGACCUCUACUACUUCCCCUUCAGACCAGCUGAGCGUAUCGUGUGUUCCUGGACAGCGAUGGAGAGAGUAGAUCGCUCUAACGGUUGCCUGGUGGUGCUACCUGGCACGCACAAGACUGAGUUACUGCAGCACGAGUACCCAAAGUGGGAGGGCGGUGUGAAUAAGAUGUAUCACGGUAUCCGUGACUAUUCCCCUGAUCACCCUCGCGUCCAUCUCGUCAUGGAGAAGGGCGACACUGUCUUCUUCCAUCCACUCCUGAUUCACGGCUCUGGGAUGAACCGCACCCAAGGAUUCAGAAAGGCAAUUUCCUGCCACUACGCAGCAUCGGAGUGCCAUUACAUUGAUGUGCAGGGGACCAUCCAACAGAACAUUGCCGAUGAAGUGAUCGCGAUAGCCAAGAGGAAAUUCGGCAGGGACGUGGACUUCAAAUUUGAGGAUGCGUGGAGGUUGAAAGGUCGCUUGGUUCUUGGUCAGGAUGUCAACUUGUAGUGACCUCAUGAGGCCAGGAGGACACAGUGUGAGUUCCGCGAGACAUCGACGACCGGAAGAAAGAAGUACUGAAUCCAGUUGGCCAGGAACGAAUCAUUAAAGGGAAAAUACAACAUUUGCAAACAUCAAAAAAUAAAACUACCAAAUCAUUUUGAUAUACCUUGCUGGACUGUUAGUGAAUGACAGUGUAAAGCAUCCUGUAAAAUCAUGGC